UCAGCACUCCUGCCCCAUCCUAUCUCCUGAAGGGUUCAGAGGUCACUCCUCUCUCAUGGUUAUAAACACUGUGCUGUCGAGAGGAAGGAUCAUAAUAAUACUAUGUUUUAACCACCUUCACGCUUCAAGUUCACACACUUUAACGGGCUGGAGCGCAGGCUGUCAGGUUUCUAAGCGAGGAGAUAAUGAGAGUUCACACACAUACCAGAUUCUGCUUUCUCUGCGUGCUGACCCUGCUGUAUCAUCAGUGCAGUCACUGCCACGAAGGAGGGUCCCACCAUCACCACGGGCACAACCACAGUGACCAUGACCACGUUCACAGUGACCUGCAGAUUUCAGAAUUGUCCUGCGAUGGUUUAUCAGACCAGUUUGUGCACAGCAGCCAUGGCGAACCUGCAGAGAACGAGCAACACUACUACAUCCAGCAGUUGUUCUGUCGAUACGGCCACAAGGAUCGUCUGGAUUUUAAAGGCUUCCAGAGUCUGCUGUUGAGUUUAGGGCUGGGCAAAGUGCGCGUGGUUGGGCUGGAGCAUGAAGAUCUGGGCCACGAUCAUGUGGCACACUUAGAUGUUCUCGAGGUUCAGGAAGGUCAGCACUCACAUUCAGCCGGCCAUCCGCAUAUUCAUCAGAAGCCCCAAAUCUCACACAAGACCCAUCAACAUUCCCACCAUGAGAAUGAACAACACGGCCCUGCCGAGGAGCUACCGUGCAGCAAAACACUUGGCACCAGAGCCGAGAGCACCACUCACAGUGGAUCUGAGGGACACGAUCAUGGGGGACAUGAUCAUGACCAUGACCAUGAACAUGAUCACCAUGACCAUGACCAUGAACAUGAGAAAGACAGUGAUCACAAACAUAUCCACAGGCAUGUUACGGACAGUCCUCAUACUCAAGAUGACCAUGACCAACUUGAGCAAAAGAGUAGUGAACAUGCACAAGAAAAUAAUGAUCUCAGUGACCAAAACCACCAUCAUCACGACCACCAUCACCACAAGCAUCCCCACCCUCAUCUCCAUGGUUCUGACAGCGUGGAGCACAACACAGAAACCCCUCAUCUCACACCCAGAAUACAGCCUUCUGCCCCAGCUGAGCUACCCACCACACAACCCAGAAGAAACAGCAGACCACCUAAAGCCAGAGCUCACCGAGGCCGCAACAAGACUAGCAUCAGUGUUACUCAGGCUGGCGAGCUGGAGACAAGAAGAGAUGACCAUGGUCAUAGCAGCCAGGAUCACAGCCUUAUUCAGCCGCAGAGGGGCAGGAGAGAGGUUCCAGGAGAAGAUCUGUCUGUGAAAUCACAUGCACAUGGUGUUCUUCACCAACAUGAGGAGUGUCUGAAUUUAACGGAGUUACUACAACAAUACGGACUGAGCUCGGGUUCUCUCAUAUCUCCAGUGCAGUUCACCUAUUUAUGUCCAGCACUGCUCUAUCAGAUAGACAGACGCUUCUGCAUCCUUCAUUAUCACCACGUUGAGGCUGAAGUACAAGAUGAAACAUCUUCAGUGUGGGUCUGGAUGUGGGGCUUUGUGUCGAUCACCAUCAUCAGCCUGCUGUCUCUGCUGGGUGUUGUUCUGGUGCCCAUCCUUAACCAGUCCUGCUUCAAGUUUCUCUUGACCUUCCUGGUGGCACUGGCAGUGGGAACCCUCAGUGGUGAUGCCUUACUGCAUCUACUCCCUCAUUCUCAAGUUGGCCAUGAUCACAGCCAUGGAGGACACUCAGAGGAAGAACCUGCAGAGUUUUUUCUUACCAAGUUUGAUGGAGUUUGGAAAGGACUGACUGCACUAGCAGGAAUCUACCUCCUCUUCAUCAUUGAACAUUGCAUUGGCAUGUUCAAACACUACAGGGACCAAAGGGGAAGCCUCUGCCAAGGGAAGAAGAAAGGAGAGCAGGCAAAGAUUGGGAGGAAGUUGUCAGACCACAAACUCAACAGGCAUUCAGAUGCCGAGUGGCUCCAUCUGAAGCCUCUAACAGAGGGAGAAGGUACAACAUGUGAAGCCGGACACAAUGACACUCAGAUGACGGAGUUGCAGCCUUUGGAUUCACCCAGCAAAAUGCCGCUCUCCAUCUCUGAUUCAGAUCACCCCUGCAAGGAGCCAGUAAAAACAGAAGAGGACAGUAAGCCAAAGGCAAAAUCAAAAAAGCAUGGACAUGGGAACGGACAUGGCCAUGGUCACUCCCACCACGGGCACUGUCACUCUGACCAGGAAAUGAAGGAUGCGGGCAUCGCCAGCAUAGCAUGGAUGGUGAUCAUGGGAGAUGGCAUGCAUAACUUUAGUGAUGGACUUGCUAUAGGUGCUGCUUUCAGUGCUAAUAUUACAGGUGGCAUUAGUACUUCAGUGGCUGUGUUCUGUCACGAACUGCCCCAUGAACUAGAGAUGCUUCAUGGUGACAGUGAGGAGCACAAGCGCUGUGAGAUGGGUCACUUUGUCCUGCAGAACUUGGGCAUGCUCACAGGGUUUGGUCUCAUGUUGCUGAUCGCCAUCUUCGAGGAUCACAUUGUGAUUGACUUUGGCUUCUAG